UGCGUCACGUGUACAGUCACGUGUCCUCUUUCCCGGUCGUCAGCCAUUUUCGCAUAAGUUCGGCGUAAGGUCGGGCUUAAAGCACCCGGUUCCGACUGCCCUUGUGUCCUUCUCCGGACUUGGUCUGCUCUGCAUUGGACUCCUACAACGCUUCAAGAUGAACAAUUUUAGUCAACUGUUGGAAACUGCGAAGAGGAGUCCUUUCGCGCGGCCAUUUUCGGCGCGAUGCGACUCGUCCAUGGACUCGACGCCGGCGGCGGCGACCACUGUGGUCCCAAGGACCUUCAGCGCUUGCGCCGCGGACGAGCCCGUGGAGUUCGGCUCCCUGAAGUACUACGCCCUCUGCGGUUUCGGAGGAAUCCUCAGCUGCGGCAUCACCCAUACCGCUAUUGUCCCCCUGGAUCUUGUGAAAUGCAGAAUCCAGACCAAUCCAGGGAAAUACAAGGGCAUAUUUCAAGGUUUCAGCGUAACAAUCAAAGAGGAAGGCGCAAGAGGUCUCGGCCGAGGCUGGGCACCGACUGCCAUAGGCUAUUCUUUGCAAGGUCUUGGCAAGUUUGGCUUCUACGAGGUGUUCAAGAUCUUGUACAGCAACCUUCUCGGAGAGGAACUGUCCUACCUGUGGCGAACGUCCCUCUACCUUGCGGCCAGUGCAUCGGCGGAGUUUUUCGCUGACAUUGCCCUGUGCCCGAUGGAGGCAUGUAAAGUGCGCAUCCAGACCCAGCCUGGCUGCCCUCCCUACCUCAGCAAGGUGGCGCCCAUGAUCCUUAAGGAGGAAGGGCUCAACGGGUUCUACAAGGGCAUAAGCCCUCUGUGGAUGCGACAGAUCCCGUACACGAUGAUGAAGUUUGCCUGCUUCGAGCGCACUGUCGAGCUCCUCUACAAGCACGUGGUGCCCAAGCCUCGGGACCAGUGCUCCAAGCCGGAACAACUGGUGGUCACCUUCGUCGCUGGAUAUAUUGCCGGUGUGUUCUGUGCCGUGGUGUCCCAUCCUGCCGACACUGUUGUGUCCAAGUUGAACCAGGAGAAGGGAAGCACUGCCAUUGAGGCCGCUAAGAAACUCGGCAUGGCAGGUCUCUGGAAGGGCCUGACGCCGCGUAUCAUCAUGAUUGGUACGCUCACGGCUCUGCAAUGGUUCAUCUAUGAUGGCGUGAAGGUGUGGCUGCGCCUGCCACGACCCCCGCCCCCAGAGAUGCCCCAGUCCCUGAAGGACAAGCUGGCCAAGGCCCAGCAGUGAUCCUGAGCUGUCCUAGGCCAGUGGGGCUGCCCAGUAGCCAUUGUUACUAUUUCCAGCUGCUGCUGCUUGUAGUUUGUUGGCUGCCCUUGUACAGAUCACGUGUGUCCAGUGAAAAGAACUCUGGAUGGCUCCCACUA